AUGGGAGUCAGUGACGACACGUCUGACAUUUCAGAAGGCGGUACCAAGUCUGUUCCAGAAUCCACAGGGGGUCUCAUCACUUCUCUGCAGCCUCUAAGAAUCCAUGGCAGCCUGUCUGAACCACCUCGAACCCCCACACUGCGGGAGUGUGAGGUCAUUAUACGGCAGCUGUAUAAUGCCAACAGUCUUCAGUCUCAGGAACUUGUACGCAUCAAGGAAGUCCUCAGGGACAUUGUGUUCAACCGGAAAAUCACCCCAGAGAACUACAUUUUGGCCAAAGCUUAUCUCGCUGAUGAGAAAAGAACUGAGGAGCCAGAGAUGUUUCCAAAACUUCCUUUUCAAUCCCUGCCUAAAGGACUGGCAGUGUGUCAGGCCAACAUGGCAGAGAGAGUGAUCCUUCCCUCACUCAAACAGAGCCUCAGCAGGAGAACUCGAGCUGUGCAAAGGAGCUGCUUAUGGAGGAAAAUACCAUAA